AUGCUUCCCGAACCACAAAGACGAGGAUUUUGCAAGCAAUGCAAGGAGAGCGGGGUUCAGUGCGACAAGAAGAAGCCGCGAUGCAGUGCAUGUGUGGCGGCAAACAAGCCUUGUGGCGGCUACGAUAUGGGCCACAUCUUCAUCAAUGUAAACUCAUCGGGACCACCACCCACGUGGAACCGAGGUCAGAGCGCACAGAAACACCUAGUCCUAGACUUGGCAUCACAGCCCGCGACUUCGCCACCCCAAACCUUAGACAUGCUAGCGGCAUCUCUUCCGACAACCUCACAUACAUCCGAUGCCAUGUCUUUAGGCUCGGUGGAUGCCUCAAGGGCGAUAAUCGCCCUCGCGGAUCCCGCAAACAUCCACCACUUGGUUGAACUUUUUCUGGACAUCUACCUCAGGCGUUACGGGCCUGGCAAGACACCUGUAGACCCACUCACGGCCGGUAAUGAAUGUGGGGGCUGGAGACUACUACUUCCCUCUUGGCUGGGACAAUCCGUCAUUCUGGAUACUGCUAUCGGAGCGAUGGCCGCUUCUUUCAUCGGAUCGCAAUACCAGGACGUGGGAUUGUCUGAUCACGGAGGGAACAUGUACUUGAACGCCCUUCAGAUGGUUCAAAAAGCCCUCCCAGAACUUGGUACUUCCGAAAGGAAACAUUUACUAGCAACAACGCUAGUCAUGAGCUCGACGGAGCUCUUCAUGUCCAAUGGAGGUGGAUCGAGCCAACUUACCCACAUCGAAGGAGCAACCCGUCUGCUCAAUCUCUCUAUGGACAGUAUGGAUCUUGAAGAGCUCCACGUUUAUAUCCUGAACCAGGGCUUGUUCGAAGCGAUAUCAAGCAGGCGUUCGUAUCCCUGCUCGUCUCCUUCGUUUCGGCAUCUGGCUCGCCACAUAUACUCGGUUCCACGAACGAAUCGUAACGAUCUGUACUUCCAAUGGUGCGAGCGCAUCCUUCCUCUUCCGAAUUAUCUCAGCGUCACAGACAGCGUCACCUCUUCUACUACGGCGGCUCCAGUCUCUGCUGUGAAGGCUAUCCUCGACGACUUGUCAACACUCGAACAGUCCAUUACGCCUUGGUAUGAGCUACUUCAGUCAAGCAUGAGUGGUCCGUGGACCUUCCCUGCCGCCCAAGUUAGCGCAGACUCAGUCCCGUUUCCUCUCCAAUUCAUCUCGAUCGAAGCUUGCACCAACUAUUGUCUGUACUGGCUCGCUCAACUUCUCAUCCUCGAAGCUCGCCAGAUCUUAUACAUGCGCUUGCCUCAGUCUGAUGUUCCUGAGCAUAGGGCACUUCAGCCUCGCAUCUCUGAAUAUGCGUCGCUCGUGUGUCGCUCCGUACAAUACUGCGCUAACAACACUUCGUUCGCUGCUACGGAAAACAUGUUCUUGCCACUAGAUGUAGUCUCGAGCUACUACUUGCGGCAGGGCGACCACGACCGUAUGAAUUGGUGCAUCAGCGCCUUUGCACGCAUCUCCAGGGAGCACAAGAUCGGGUUCGCUUCCAAGAAAUUCGACAUGGCUGAUAUGCGGAUCGUCGACACCUCGUACGACCCCAAUGGUAUUUGGGACCAAGUCUAA